AGACCGGCUCAACCGCUCACAUUGAGCCAGCGCGAGCGCUUCGCCCAGCAUGCACCGUACCCGGAUCUUGGCGCAGCAGAUCCUGGCGGCAGCCACUGCGGGACCUGCUGAGGUGGCCAAGGAGAUGGCUCCAACUGGCAAACUCCGCGUGGCCCUGAACAUGCGCAACAACCUGUUGGUUUCUGGCAAGUCGCCCAGCGGCGAGCCAGAGGGCCUGGCGCCCAGCAUGGGCAAGGCCUUUGCUGAGAAGCUGGGCGUGCCUGUGGAGUAUGUCCCGUACGAGUCUGCUGACAAGCUGGCUGACGACGCGAAGGAGGACAAGUGGGACGUUGCGAUGAUUGGAGCGGAUCCAGCGCGAGCUGAGUUCAUUGACUUCACCCCUCCCUACUGUCAGAUCGAAGCAACAUAUGCUGUUCCCACCACCUCCGGGCUGCGAACAUGUGCAGAAGUGGACAAGGCAGGUGUACGAAUCGCAGCCUGCGACGGUGCAGCCUAUGUUUUGUGGCUGGAGCGCAAUCUGAAGAACGCCUCAGUGGAGAAGAUCAAGGGCCACGAUGAGACGUAUGCGCAUUUUACGGAGAAUGCCCUGGACGCUGUGGCCGGGCUACGAGCAAAGCUGAAGAAGGAUGGCGCCAAGCGACCAGGCACUCGACUGCUGCCUGGCAAGUUCAUGGCGGUAGAGCAGGCCGCGGCCACCAAGAAAGGCCGAGAGCAGGGCUUCAAAGUGCUCUGCGAGUUCAUCGAGGAGGCCAAGAAGUCUGGGAAGGUGAAGGAGUUCAUGAAGACUUUCAAGGUGGAAAAGGACUUGAGCAUCCCCGCCUGAGCGUCGGAGCAUGCGCUCGAACACAAUUUGGCCGGUGAGGCCUUUUCGGAAAUUUGAAGGUGUCUUCCAGGAUGUUUUGGUGAGUCCGUCAGGCAUUGUCAGGACGGGCCCCACAAGCAAAGGAUUACCGAGUAUGCGGCAGCAUGUUACCUCGAUUCUUUGAUCUGCCA